UGUGUCCAGCAUUUAGGAACUAGCUAUACCUCUCCCGUUUGCCCCGUCGACAGCAGAUCUCCCUGCUGUGUCUUUAAAUUGUUUCAGCGCCAUACAAACAACAUUUUGGAUGUUCUGCCCGAAGCUCUCCAUUCUCAUACCCCUAAAGUCAGUGUGUGUUUCUGAGGAUAUUUGUUUUUUCUGUCGUUGCGUUUUGAGCCAAAACCAAACACAGACGUAACUGUGUUUAGGCUGUUUCAGUGGGCGGAUAAAGCGAAGGAGCGCACCCGAGCAGUCGGCUUGAAACGGCGGAAUUCACAAUUUUCAGCUGUAUCUACACUGUCCUCCGAGGGAACUGUAAGCUUGACAAAACACAGUCUGCUGUGCUUCCGACCACAACACAAGGUCUGGUCUGAGGCUGUGCACUUCCCUGUUAUGGAGAAGAUGAAAAGGAUUAAGAAGCGUCUGUCGUUAACACUCCGCUCCAGUCAGACCAUUGACGAGUCCCUGUCUGAACUGGCUGAGCAGAUGACUGAGGAUGGCACCAAGGACAAUGAGCCCUUCAUGAGGAAUGGGCGGCCCACCACCUCCCACAGCAUGCACUCCUUCCUGCACCAGUACACUGGCUCCUUCAAGAAGCCCCCCCUCCGCCGGCCGCACAGCGUCAUUGGAGGCACCCUUGGAUCCUUCAUGGCAAUGCCACGCAACAGCAGUCGUCUGGACAUUGUGCAUGAGAACCUGAAGAUGGGUUCUGAUGGGGAGAGUGACCAGGCAUCGGGAACAUCUUCAGAUGAGGUUCAGUCUCCGACUGGUGUCUGUCUGAGGACCAGAGUCCACCGGCGGAUCUCCAUGGAGGACCUCAAUAAGCGUCUGUCACUGCCUGCUGACAUCCGAAUUCCUGAUGGUUACCUGGAGAAGCUGCAGCUCAGCAGUCCACCCUUUGACCAGCCACUUAGCCGACGCUCCCGCCGAGCUUCGCUGUCGGAGAUUGGCUUUGGGAAGCUGGAGACAUACAUUAAGCUGGACAAGCUGGGAGAGGGAACCUAUGCCACAGUAUUCAAAGGACGCAGUAAGCUUACAGACAACCUGGUGGCAUUAAAGGAGAUCCGGCUGGAGCAUGAGGAGGGAGCGCCAUGCACCGCCAUCAGAGAAGUAUCGUUACUGAAAGACCUCAAACACGCCAACAUCGUGACACUACAUGACAUUGUCCACACUGACAAGAGCCUCACGCUUGUCUUUGAGUACCUGGAUAAGGAUCUGAAGCAGUAUAUGGAUGACUGUGGAAACAUAAUGAGUAUGCACAAUGUGAAGAUCUUCCUGUUCCAGAUUUUGCGAGGGCUGUCGUAUUGUCAUAAGAGGAAAGUUCUCCACAGAGACCUGAAACCUCAGAAUCUCCUCAUCAAUGAGCGAGGAGAACUCAAACUGGCUGACUUUGGUCUGGCAAGAGCUAAGUCUGUCCCAACUAAAACCUACUCCAACGAGGUCGUGACUCUGUGGUACCGGCCUCCUGAUGUUCUUCUGGGGUCCUCUCAGUAUUCAACACAGAUUGACAUGUGGGGUGUUGGUUGUAUAUUCUAUGAGAUGGCUGCAGGUCGGCCAUUGUUCCCCGGCUCCACUGUGGAGGAUGAGCUCCACCUCAUCUUCAGGUUACUGGGCACACCCACAGAAGAGAACUGGCCAGGAAUCUCCUCUAUUGAAGAUUUUAAAUCCUACAACUUCUCUAAAUACAAACCACAGCCAUUAAUCAACCAUGUUCCCAGGCUGGAUGGUGAAGGUAUUGAGCUGUUGCUGAAUUUUCUCAGAUACGAAUCCAAGAAGAGGAUUUCAGCUGACGAGGCAAUGAAACAUUCCUACUUCAGGCAGCUCGGAAUGAGAGUCCACACACUGCCUGAGAGUGUGUCAAUAUUCACAUUAAAAGAAGUGCAGCUGCAGAGAGACCCUGGCUACAAGAACUCUUCUUACCCAGAUUCAGGUAAUACCAAGAUCAACCGGAGGCAGAGCAUGCUCUUCUAAUGUUGGAUGAAGAGGAUGGUCAACUACCUGCACUUCACCAUCACUUCCCACAAACCUCUCGCAUGACCCCACCCCCCUCUACCUGAUCAAACACACACACAUAAACACGCACACACCCCUCUGAGCUAGUGACUCUGGGUUGAAUCUAUUUGGGGACUGUUUAUUUAUUACAGGACCAAGGUGAGGUUGAAUUUUUUUGCUGCUAAAUUACUACUGUUUGUAUUUAACGUGUGUGUGUGUGUGUGUGUGUGUGUGUGUGUGUGUGUGCGUGCAACGUGAAGUUGAGAAGCCAUGCACAGCAGUCAGUAAGGUAACUAUUUUUCUUCUGACUAUGAUUCUCCGGCUUCGUCUUAGAAUUCCACUGAUCUUGAUGUCAAUGCUGUGAUCCAUGUUGUUUUUGCUGUCAUACUUGGAGACUGAAUGCUCUUGUUCAUAUAUACUGUGUGUGUGUGUGUGUGUGUGUGUAUAUAUAUAUAUAUAUUAGUGCUGUCAGUUAAUCACAAUCACAACUUAAUUGUGCAUUUUUUAAAAAUCUGUUAUAAGUACAUUUUCUCAAGUUACUGUACUUAAGUACAAUUUUGA